GUUGAUGACAACGUUGUAAUGGAGGGUGAGCAAGAUACAGAAGACGCAGAAGCAGCUCCCACCAACGGCGACACUGGCGACCUCGAUGCUGAAGAGGAAGCCAGCGUUCAGCCCGAGGACGAAGAUGAGCCCAUCCUUGUGAUCGAAGAGGUUGUCGAGGAAGUCGUUGGCGACGACACCGACGACGACAAUGACGAUGACGACGACCAACCAUAUGCGGCCCAGGAUCAGGAUGAUCUCGCAGCCGAAUCGGACGCGCUACACGCGGCACAUGAAGCUGCCAGCGACACCGAGCUCGAUGAUGAACAGCCUGUCGUCGUCACGCAGCAGAUUGAACAGGUUGAGAUUCAGCUGGCAGGCCGUGAAGAUGCUGUUGAGGAAGCCCCAGAGGCGCUCGACCUUCGACAAGAGAUUCAGGAGAUCACAGAGUCAACGCCGCACGCCGACCCGGAACACACAAUCGACUCGUUGUUUGAGGGCCGCCCGUCAGCGUUCUCCCAAGUCGAUGACCAUGCUAACCCAAAUGACAGCGACGACGAAGACGAGGCUGCAUCAUUCUCUGCUCCUGCAGGGGUGGCUCCUGUCCCGAAUAUGCUCCCUACUGCUCCUUUCGGCUCAUGAGCGGUGUGGUGCUAGCGCAAGACUCUCUCAGGGUCUAAAGGCCGGCAACCC